GAACAAGUAUUUGCAUGGGUGGUACUUUACACAUAAAGCAACAUCAGUGAUUUUCUUUGUUUCAUAUCAUUUUCCUGAGAGAGGUGGGUUUUCCUGCUACUAUUCUCACCGCACAGGUAGGUAAACUGAGGCCCACAAGGGUAUGACACACCUAGUAGCUCAAGGCAGCCAAAGCUGCAGUUAGCUUGAAUCCUGGCCGCCUCACCCGCUGCCCUGAGGUGAUGAGAACCUCCCCAACCCGAAGCUGGCGCGGGGAAGGAACGUCAGUUCGCGCCUCGCUGGACUCUUUGAGUCGGGGCUCGCCUUCCUCUCCGCACGGGAGGUACCUGGGGCCGAAAUCCUGGAUUGAAAGAGUGUUCACCAAGAGAGAAUGUAAGAAGGUCAUACCCAGUUCAAAAGACCCUCACAGGUGUGUACCAGGCUGCCAAGUGUGCCAGAAUUUAAUCAGGUGCUACUGUGGCCGAUUGGUUCAAGACCACCAUGGGAUAGAUCAUGCCUGGACCCUCUCUGCUGCCAAGGAUAAUGAAAAUGAGCAAUGGUCUGUUGAAAAGCACACAGCGAGAAGCCCUACAGAUACCUUUGGCACUAUUAAUUUCCAAGAUGGAGAGCACACCUAUCACUCCAAGUAUAUCCGCACUUCUUAUGACACCAGGUUGGAUCAUCUGUUACAUUUGAUGCUGGAAGAGUGGAAGAUGGAGUUGCCCAAGUUGGUGAUAUCUGUCCAUGGAGGCAUCCAGAACUUUAAGAUGCCCUCCAAGCUGAAAGAGAUCUUCAGCCAGGGUUUGGUCAAAGCUGCAGAGACAACGGGAGCGUGGAUAGUCACGGAAGGCAUCAACAUGGGAAUUUCCAAGCAUGUGGGGGAUGCCCUGAAAGCCCAUUCCUCUAAGUCCUUAAGAAGAAUCUGGACAGUUGGAAUCCCUCCUUGGGGUGUCAUUGAGAACCAGAGAGAUCUUAUUGGAAAAAAUGUGGUGUGCAUGUACCAGACGCUGGGGAACCCCAUCAGCAAGCUCACCACGCUCAACUGCAUGCACUCCCACUUCAUCCUGUCUGACGAUGGCACUGUGGGCAGGUACGGGAACGAACUGAAGCUCAGGAGGAACCUGGAGAAGUACCUGUCCCUGCAGAAAAUACACAGCUGCUCAAGACAAGGCGUGCCCGUGGUGGGGCUGGUGGUGGAAGGAGGCCCCAACGUCAUCCUCUCGGUGUGGGAGAUGGUGAAGGACGAAGAGCCCGUGGUCGUGUGUGAAGGCACGGGCAGGGCUGCUGACAUCCUGGCCUUCACCCACAAGCACUUCGCAGAUGAAGGGAGGCUGCAUGUCCAGGUAAAAGAGGAGCUCAUCUCUAUGAUUCAGAAUGCUUUCAACUUUAGUCUCAAACAGUCCAAGCACCUUCUUCACAUUCUAAUGGAGUGUAUGGUGCACAAGGAUUCUAUCACCAUAUUCGAUACUGACUCUGAAGAGCAGCAGGACCUUGACUUAGUAAUCCUGACAGCACUGCUGAAGGGCACAAACUUGUCAGCAUCGGAGCAGCUAAAUCUAGCAAUGGCUUGGGACAGAGUGGACAUUGCCAAGAAGCAUAUCCUAAUUUGCGGACAGCAUUGGAAGCCUGGCAUGCUGGAACAAGCAAUGUUGGAUGCUUUAGUGAUGGAUCGAGUGGAUUUUGUGAAGCUCUUAAUCGAAAAUGGAAUGAAUCUUCAUCGCUUCCUUACCAUCCCCCGAUUGGAAGAGCUCUAUAAUACAAAACAAGGACCAACUAAUAUGCUCCUGCAUCAUCUUGUCCAAGACGUGAAACAGCAUACCCUCCUUUCUGGCUACAGAAUAACACUGAUUGACAUUGGAUUGGUAAUAGAAUACCUCAUUGGUGGAGCCUACCGCAGCAGCUACACUAGGAAAACUUUCAGAGUCCUGUACAACAACCUCUAUAGAAGAAAUAAGAGCGUGACCAGCUUAGCUCAGAGCCUUUCCCAGUGCUCCCUUCACAGGAGGCGCUCCAUGGAAAGUAGAAGAGAGUCCACAGAGAGCAUGCUGCACUCCCAGUUCUGCAGGACGGCCCAGCCUUACAAACUCAAGGAAAAGUCUGGAAUCCCUCAUAAAUCAAGGCACAAGUCAAAAGAAAGACAAGAAAUGAUAGAUGACCUUGAGUCCACUGGCUUUACUUACCCGUACAAUGACCUGUUGGUUUGGGCUGUGCUAAUGAAGAGGCAGAAGAUGGCUAUGUUCUUUUGGCAGCACGGAGCGGAGGCCACGGUAAAGGCUGUGAUUGCUUGUAUCCUCUACCGAGCGAUGGCCCACGAGGCUAAGGAGAGCAACAUGGUGGAUGACACCUCAGAAGAGUUGAAAAAUUACUCCAAGCAGUUUGGCCAGCUGGCCCUGGAUGUGCUGGAGAAGGCAUUUAAGCAGAAUGAGCCCAUGGCCAUGAAGCUCUUGACGUACGAACUCAAGAACUGGAGCAAUUCCACCUGCCUGAAGUUGGCAGCGUCUGGAGGGCUGCACCCUUUCGUCUCGCACUCUUGCACCCAAAUGCUGCUGACAGACAUGUGGGUGGGGCGUCUGAAGAUGAGGAAGAACUCCUGGUUGAAGAUCAUCAUAAGUAUUCUUUUACCGCCCACCAUCUUGACAUUGGAAUUUAAAAGCAAAGCUGAGAUGUCACAUGUUCCCCAGUCCCAGGAUUUCCAGUUUACAUGGUAUUACAGUGACCAGAACGCCAGCAGUACCAAAGAAAAUGCUUAUACGAAAGACUGUGAUUUGGAAAGGGGCCCUGAUGAGACACUGGAUGAAAGCAAGCACUUUGAUCUCAGGAAUGGGCCCCAAAGCCUUCUGUGGACCAGGAAAGUGUACGAGUUCUACAGCGCCCCUAUUGUCAAGUUUUGGUUUUACACGAUGGCAUACUUGGCAUUCCUCAUGCUGUUCACUUACACUGUGUUGGUGGAGAUGCCGCCCCAACCUAGCGUGCAAGAGUGGCUUGUUAUCACUUACAUCUUCUCCAGUGCUAUUGAGAAAGCCAGGGAGAUCUGUAUUUCAGAGCCGGAGAAGUUUACUCAAAAGGUGAAAGUGUGGAUGAGUGAGUACUGGAACCUAAUGGAAACUGUGGCCAUUGGUCUGUUUUCAGUUGGUUUUUGCCUCCGGUGGGGUGACCCUCCUUUUUACACAGUGGGGAGGCUGAUCUACUGCAUAGACACCAUUUUCUGGUUCUCCCGGCUCAUGGACUUCUUCGCGGUGAAUCAACAUGCAGGUCCCUAUGUCACUAUGAUUGCCAAGAUGAGUGCAAACAUGUUCUACAUUGUGAUCAUAAUGGCCAUCGUCCUUCUGAGCUUUGGAGUGGCGCGCAAAGCGAUCCUUUCGCCGCGGGAGCCUCCUUCUUGGAAACUUGCUCGAGAUGUUGUGUUUGAGCCGUACUGGAUGAUGUAUGGGGAGGUCUACGCUUCGGAGAUAGAUGUUUGUGAGGAGCAGCCCUCCUGCCCCCCGGGCUCCUUCCUGACUCCGUUCCUGCAGGCCGUCUAUCUCUUCGUGCAGUACAUCAUCAUGGUGAACCUGCUGAUCGCAUUCUUCAACAACGUUUACCUGGAGAUGCAGUCCAUUUCGAAUAAGCUUUGGAAGUACAACCGCUAUCGCUACACCAUGACCUACCACGAGAAACCCUGGCUGCCGCCGCCCUUCAUCGUGCUGUGCCAUCUGGGCCUCCUCCUCCGCAGGCUGUGCUGCCACCGGGCUCCGCGGGACCGGGACGAGGGCGACGUGGGCCUGAAACUGUACUUGAGUACAGAAGAUCUGAAAAAACUUCAUGAUUUUGAAGAGCAGUGUGUGGAAAAAUACUUCUAUGAGAAGACAGAACAUCUGAAUUGUAGUUUUGAGGAACAAGUCCGAGUGACGUCCAAAAGGGUUGCAGAAAUGUAUUUCCAACUGAAAGAAAUGAACGAAAAGGUAUCUUUUAUAAAGGAUUCCCUACUGUCUUUGGACAGCCAGGUGGGACACCUGCAGGACCUCUCUGCCUUGACCGUGGAUACUCUAAAGGUUCUUUCUGCAGUUGACACCUUGAAAGAGGAUGAAGCACGCUUGGCCAACAGGAAACGUUCUGCUACUAGGAAAAUUCCCCACAGCUGGAACAAUGUCAUUUGUACAGAGAUCUUGGGCAGCACAGGGAUCUCCAGAGAGACAAAAUACCGAUACUAUAGCAUGCCCCCUUCUUUGCUGCGGAGCCUGGCUAGAAGCCAGUUUCCUUCAAGAGUGCAGAGGGGAGCCCUUCUUGAGAUUAUGGACAAUCAGAGAGAGCCCUCAAAUAUAAGAGCUGACUUGGAGGAGCAAGACACAGAAAAGAGUACAGUUGCUUCUGGGGUGUCUGCUAAUCGGCACGCAAAUUCAAAGUAUGGCCAGUUUCUCUUGGUUCCUUCUGCUGAAGAAACUGCCUUGCCUCUGUCCAAAAUAUCUGUGGGAGCAGACACAGAUGUCCUAGCAAAUGAACAGAUCCUGCAGAGCAGGGUCCCUUUUGAUCUGACCAGGCAGUCUCCAGCUGCCUCAGGCCGGGCAUCGGUGGCUGAACCCCGAAAGCAGCAGGAGCCAGUCGCUGAGAUGCCAGACGAGCAAGACAAAGUAGAGCAGGGUGGGUCCACUCUGACUUGCACACCAACAUCCGCAAAGGUGACUUCCCUUUCUUCCCAAGCAAGGAGCAUGCGAUCUGGAGAUGGAUAUGUGAACUUGGCGUUUUCUGAAGGUGACGAAACUGGUGUGUUUAGCUUCAAGAACAAGUGGCAGACCUCCUUGCCUUCCUCUUGUAACAGUGACUGCACUCAGAGUGUGCAGUGUCCCAUGGGGGUCCAAGGCAGAUGUCUGUCUGACAGCUCAAUAAGCUUGUCCCAGAGUAGUGACUGGUCAGAGAUGGUGCGACCAUGGCUGCAGCCCAGCAGAUCCUUCUGGAUCAACCCCCUCCACAGAGACAGACCCUUCACUAGGAGUUAUGGUUUUAGAUUCCACAAGAAGGAGAAACUGAUGAAGAUCAAUAAGAUUAAAGGUUGUUCAAGAUCCUCAGAGGUAGGAUCAGCAUGGAUCAAAGCAAAAAUGCUCUCGCAGGAUAGCAAACCAUCAAAGAAAAAGAAGAAAACACAAGGACUACAGGUGCCAGUCAUAACCGUCAACACCUGCUGUCAAAAUGGCCAACUGCAUUCGCAACCAGGAGAAAGUAACACCUCAGAAGACGAAUGCAUCAGGAAUUGGCUCACGGUGUCCAAGUUCAGGCAGAUAAACCUAGAACCUUAUAUAUAUCAGAAGAUGAAAACCAAGGACAUUGAGCAGCAUGCUGUACAAAUCAGUGAUUACCUAACGUGGUCUCAAGAGGAUCUGAGGAAAAGUACCCUGUGGAAGUCCAGGAGCACCAGUGUUGCUCGGAACUCGCCGUUGAAAAGUUCAAAUGGAGCUGACAAGAUCUCAGCAUCCUUAAAAAGCCCUCCAGAGCCGCACCACCAUUAUUCAGCCAUUGAAAGGAAUAAUUUAAUGAGGCUUUCUCAGACCAUACCAUUUACACCAAUCCAACUGUUUGUGGGAGAAGAAGUGACUGUCUACAGGCUGGAGGAAAGCUCCCCUCUGAACCUUGACAAAAGCAUGUCCUCCUGGUCCCAGCAUGGGAGAGCUGCUAUGAUCCAGGUGCUGUCCCACGAGGAGAUAGACGGAGGCCUUCGUAAAGCCAUGAGGGUCAUCAGCACUUGGUCUGAGGAUGAUGUUCUCAAGCCAGGACAGGUUUUCAUAGUGAAGUCCUUUCUCCCUGAGGUGGUGAAGGCUUGGCAUGAUAUCUUCCGGGAGAGUACGGUGCUUCAUCUUUGCCUCCGGGAGAUUCAGCAACAAAGAGCUGCUCAAAAACUAAUCUAUACCUUCAACCAAGUGAAACCACAAACCAUUCCCUACACACCAAGAUUCCUGGAAGUUUUCUUAAUCUACUGCCAUUCAGCUAACCAGUGGCUGACCAUUGAGAAGUACAUGACGGGGGAGUUCCGGAAGUACAACAACAACAAUGGAGAUGAAAUCGCCCCAAGCAACACCCUGGAAGAGCUGAUGUUGGCUUUCUCUCACUGGACCUAUGAGUACACUAGGGGAGAGCUGCUGGUUUUAGAUUUGCAAGGUGUUGGAGAAAAUCUGACAGAUCCAUCUGUUAUAAAACCUGAAGACAAACAAUCAAGAGGAAUGGUGUUUGGGCCAGCCAAUUUAGGGGAAGACGCAAUUAGAAACUUCAUUGCAAAACACCGUUGCAACUCCUGCUGCCGGAAGCUCAAACUCCCGGAUUUAAAAAGAAAUGACUAUUCUCCUGGAAGGAUAAAUUCCAACUUCAGACUUGAGAAGGACAUGGAGCCAGCUGAGGUGUAUCCAACAGAUGGAAAUUCUUCAGAAGAUCAAACACGACUCUAAGAAGGAGAGGAGCAAGAAGAUGAGCUCCCCCGCCUACUCUGGCGUGAACUCUGUGGUGAUACAGAUCAGCUGACACAACCUUGAUGACAUCAGAGCCUCUGCUAGAGUGGUCUCACAAGUGGGUCUGUGUGGGAUGUGCCCUCUGAGCCCCACAACUCACCCUGCCCAGAGCUCCAUGGUCUAUGAGGUACAGGUUCACCUAGAUACUGACCUCUGCACAUCCUCAGGGUCUACAAGAAGAUACCUGGACGACUCAGCUGGCAAGAGCGUUCCUUUAUACCUCAUUGCUCUCCCCAGGUGCUUGGAACCCUGGGAGCAGAAUGCUGCGCACUGAAGAACCAGGGCGAUGAAUUUAAUUUAUUUUCUCACUGUGUGUGUAGACUUCAGCCCCUGUUGUUACUCACCACUUCACCUGCAGGUUGUACUCAUGUGUGUAUAUACAUUAAAAGGUUACAUGAGUUCCUCUUUCCUUUCCAGCAGUAUGAGGCUUUGAAAGGCAACAGGAAAACAGCGGGAAGAGGGUGUAUUUGCAUGGGAAGAGUACACUCCUGAGUCAGGCAACCCUUAGAAAGUGUCCUGGAGGAAUCUAGACAGGAGUGAGUAUGGUCAGAGGAUACACGAAUUUCAAGUUUCUCUGAAAGAAAGAAAAAGGGACAUCUACACCUAAUGCUCUUGCAUUCUUUUUUAAAAUUUUAUUUUAAUACGAGAACAAGGAGUAGAACUGGAAGUUAUUAAGAAAGGGUUCUCUACUCUUAAGCUCAGGUGUAUUAGAGAGUUGACUAAAUCACUAUGCAUAGAGCCACUUCUUAUUCUAAAGCUUUGCAUGUAUAGUACAGGGUAAAUUACGCUGUGUUGUGACCCGUGAGGUAGGAUGUGGCUUCAGCCUGAAGACAUGUUUCGCAGGUGUCCAUUUACUGUGGAGUUAGCCGCUUCAGUCCACCGUAAAACGGUGUCAUUGCUUUCUGCGGCUCGAAGCAAAAGUUCCUGGAAGGUGGCCUGGAUAGCACACGCGCAGUGUGCUUGUCUCUGUUCCGUGCUUGGAGAAGUCGCCCGACCCCAGAACAGGCAUGAGCUUUCCACACAACUGGAGGAGAGGAGACUGGGGAUUUUUUUCUCCUCUCUUCCUUCCUUACUGUAACCUUUUCCACAAUUUUCAGCUUUGUCUUGUGACCUUACAUUAGGUGAUGCUUCUGAGCUUGUUUUUAAAAUCUGUAUUAAAAAUCUGUAUUCUUGUACUCUUGUGCUGUACUUCAGGGAAAAUAUCGCAUAAUGGGGUGGAAAACCAAAGAUUUUGUUGGCCAGUAGUUGCAUCUGAUUCUUCUAAGUUUGAACCAAUAUGAGGGUUAAUUUUUAUCCCUUUUGCUUUGGUCUUGGUGGGAAGCAGGGAAUUCGUGUCAUUUCUUGAUUGGUAAUGAGGAUAAAAUGUUAAUAGCUUUUGGGGGGCUUAAUCCUAGUCUAUAAAUCAAUAAAAGAUAUUUGGUACUCACUUCAGUGCCAGAUUACAUGGUGGAAGCAGGCAGAGUUUGCCUGUCCAAGAGCCAAACUGGAGCCAUGAAUUUAUUGACCCAAUACUUGUUACCUGCUAUAGAACUGGAAAGCAAAUACAAUUUGAUUUCAAUGA